CAAGAUGUCAGCCUCCAGUAGUUUAGUACGUGUCAAUAAUUUUUUAUAGUCUGUUAUCCAAAAGUGUGUGCUUCAAUCACUGUUUUACAUAAAUAUGGCACUUUGUUCCACGAAGAAAGAUUUUUGUUUUUCAGUUAUCCUGCUGACUGUAUGUGUAUGGUUAGGAUUUAUGGUGGUCAUUUGGUUCCCUGAACUGUUACCUCAUUUGAAAUCUAAAAGAGCUAUAGAUAAAGGUAUUUAUCGUCAAGAGGCUGAUGAUUACAAAAGUAAUUCCAGUUUACACAAAGAUGCCGUCCAUGUGUGUAUAACAUCAGAUAAAAAUACGAUUGGUGGAAUGGUUGCCCUGAUCAACAGUAUCUAUAGCAACACAAAACACCAUGUUUUCUUUCAUUUAGUAGUGGAUGCAGAAAGUCAAGACCACUUAAGAAUAUGGAUAGAAACAACCAAGCUGAAGGAUAUUCAUUACCAAAUCAAAGUAUUUCCUGAAAGUUGGGUGAAAGGAAAGAUUAAAGUCCGUGGUGGACGUCAGGAUCUAGCUAAACCUUUGAAUUAUGCCAGGUAUUACUUACCAAAACUGUUCCCUGAUAUUAAGGGUAGAGUACUCUUCAUAGACGAUGAUAGUAUAGUACAAGGUGAUAUAAAAGAAUUGUAUGACAUGAAAUUAUCACCCGGCCAUGCAGUUGGCUUCUCCAGUGAAUGUAGCAGUGCUUCUAGGAGGCUAACUCUUAUGAAGAAUAAUUAUGCUGAUUAUAUUGACUUUAAAAGUAAAAACAUUAAAGAAAUGAAGAUUGACCCAACAGAGUGUGCCUUUAAUACUGGUGUAUUUAUAGCAGACCUUAACCUCUGGAGGAAAUACAAUAUAACAAAUCAGUUACAACAUUGGUUGGAGUUAAAUACAAAAGAGGAAAUCUAUGGGAAUGAAAGAGGAGGAGGAGGUUCACAACCUCCAAUGAUGAUUGUCUUUUAUAAGAAAUAUACCAAUAUAGAUCCUGGAUGGCAUGUUAGAUAUCUAGGCUGGACAUCAGGAACAAGUUACACAAAACAGUUUAUACGAAUGGCCAAGUUACUACAUUGGAAUGGACGAUUUAAGCCAUGGGGGCGUGUCUCACAGCAUAAAGAUGUUUGGAACAAGUACUACAUAGAAGAUCCAACUGGAAAGUUCAAACCUGCAAGAAAAAACUAAACAUGUUUUGAUAAAAUUGGAAAUGUACCAGUAUCUCAUUUGCAUUUGAAAAUAAUGUCUCUCCAUGGAAUAGUUGAGCUGAUUCUUUCAUCUGUAUAAUAUUUUUUAUUACAAUAGUAUUAUAAAAAAAUUCCAGAAUUUUAUAUCAACUUUAUAAAGCAUGUCAGGUGCAUAUAUCUUGGAUAUUUUAGCCCAGGUUUUCAUUUAUUACAUAGUUUUUAAGAAAUUCCAUGGGAAAUUUGUAGUUGAUGGAUGUUGUGUUAUGAAUUUUUUUAUACCUACAGUCUUGUAACUUGUGCCAUAUCUUGGUCAAUCAUAUUGUUAGAAAUAUGACUUUGUUUUCAUUCAUAUCACAUAUAUCAUUCAUCAUAUGAGUUUAAUUUAAGUGAUGUGUUUAUUAUGAGCCAUAUUUGUUUGACUCUAUAAGAUCAUACACAGUACAGAUUAUCAAUUAAGUUUUACAAACUGAUAUGGUCUAGUACAAGCUAUAUUUUACUUAGUUUAUGUUUGUAAUAAAGACAUAUGUCCUUUUCUUUUUAAAUUACUUCAAUGAUUUUUAGGGGUGUAUGAUUAUGUAUUUACAUAAUGCACAUUUUUUUUCAACAAAGUAUAGUUUUUAAUCAUUCAUUUAAAAAAGUGUGCAUGAUUUAUCUCCCUUUUCACAAAUUAGAAUACUCAAAUCAGAAAGUAUUCACUUAUUGUCAAUCUUCCACCACUGACCAUAUAAUGUGGUAUUCAAUUCCUGUAGUUAAUAUAACUAGUUAUAAUAGAAAUUAGCCUUUUAUAACUUUAACGGUACCAAUUUUUAUCAUUGUGAUAUACAUCCAGUUAAAUAUAUGCAUUAUUAAGAUCAUCACACAAAUAUCUUUAUUUACAGUAUUUAAAUUCAACAUUAGAAAUUUAAUAUGGAAAUUAAUUGAUCCUUGUUAGCUCACCGGGGCCCGAAGGGCCCCAUGUGAGCUUAUGCCAUCACUUGGCAUCCGUUGUCGUCCGUCGUCUGUCGUUGUUGUCUGUCGUGUGUCAUUGUCUGUCGUCGUAAACUAUUUCAAAAAUCUUCUCCUCUGAAACUACUGGGCAAAAUACCUUCAAACUUUAACUAAAUGUUCCUUAGGGUAUCUAGUUUAUAAAAUGUAUCCGAAGUUUUGAUCCAUUGACAAACAUGGCCGCCAUGGCUAAAAAUAGAACAUAGGGGUCAAAUGCAGUUUUUGGCUUAUAUCUCAAAAACUAAAGCUUUUAGAGCAAAUCUGACAGGGAUAAAAUUGUUCAAUUGGUCAAGAUCUAUCAGCUCUGAAAUUUUCAGACUAAUCGAACAACCCAUUGUUGGGUUGCUGCCACCGAAUUGGUAGUUUUAACAAAAUUUUGCAGUUUUUUGUUAUUAUUUUGAAUAUUAUUAUAGAUAUAUAUAAACUGUAAGCAGCAAUAAUGUUUAGCAAAGUAAGAUCUACAAAAAAGUUAAUAUGACCAAAAUUGUCAAUUGCCCUUUAAAGACAAUUUUACACAAUUUGUUCAUCAAGUUUGCUAACAUUUAAAAAUCUUCUCCUCUGAAAUACAGGUGAGCGAUUCAGGCUCUUGAGAGCCUCUUGUAUUUUUUAAUUUCAUUGAGCUUUGUCGAUCAUUCAUUAUGCCAUUGUUUGUAAAAAAAUAUAAUAGAUGAACAGUUUGACCACCUCUGAAAAGAGUCCAAAGGUCAAUAAGCUGAUUAAAUAUGGUAAAAUGGUAUUCCCCUUAAAAGUGAGACCUAUUUCUGUGUCAAAAAUUUCAUUAUUGCACAUACUUUUGAUGUAUUUUAUAAGAAAAUGCCCAAUGUAAAUGUACGUUUGGAUCAAGUUUGAAUUGAAAAGUAAUAUGCAGUUUCAUUUGAUCAGCAUGGUCAUUUAUCAGUUUUAUAAUUACAAAAAUGCAGUUUGAUUAUUUAAUACCAAAAAACAAAUUUGAAAAAUUAUCUUAAAUGUUUAUAAUUCUCUAUUUUGAGCUUCAAUUUUCUUUCUGAAUGGUAUCAAUUUAUAUUCUUAGAGUUUUCAAAGAUUUCAUCUAGCCCUACAUGAUAUCUAUAAAAUAAUUUAAAUGAAAAAAUGAACAAUAACAAACUGUACUGACUUUCCUGUGGGGACAAUAUAAAGGCAAUCACAGUAGAGAAUACACAGCUAGCAUAAAAUGGUCAUAAUUGUAAAAUUGAAAUUGGGUUUGUAUAGCACUUAUUCAUUAACUGUGACAAUGGCAAAACAUAUGUUAUUUAUUGUUUUUAAUUUUUGUAUAAAAGGCAUAUAUUGUGCAAUAUUUUGUGUAUUUAAGGAAGUUUCUCUCCAAAAGUUCAUAUUUCACCUCCACACCUUUCUUGCAAUUGUAUUCUAGUGUGAAAAUUUAAACUACUAGUCUUUUUUCAUAUAUGAUGUCUAAAUGCUGAUGAAGGAAAUAAUGUAUUAUCUGAAAAAUGGUCCUCAAAUUCAUUUACGAUUGAAGUCGUGAAUAUGUUUUUUGAAUACCGGUAAUAAAUCUCAUGAUGACUUCUGCAAGCCUAAUGUUUUGAGAAGAAGUAGACUUAUAUUUUAUGUAAUAAAGGAACAUUAGUCUCCCUUAUUCUGUUAAGUAUUUUAUAUUUUCCCUACCGGUAAUACUUAUGUACUCCUGUUUAAAAUUUUGCAAUGAUUUGGAAAAAUAAUGAUGGUUAAAUUAGAUAUAAUAAAUCUAGUUUCAGUCAUAAGCUAAAGCAUUAUAAAAAUAACAGCAAAAUAUUUGAAUUCGAAUAAUCAUACCAGAAGUAGAUUUCAUUAACGUAAACUUUUUAGUAGUGUCUUUUUAUAGUGAGAAAUUAGAAGAAUGGUAGUUAUUUAGUAUCAAAAAUGAUUUUAAGCCUGGUUCAUAAAGUAUUUUGCCUUUAAUUUUAUUGGUCAGGCUUAAACUCCUCAUAAUGGUGUGAGUUUCCAAUUAGAUUUAAGACCAUGCAAGCUUUGGUUGUGUGUUUUAACUGUGUAUAUUAUAUACUUUAUAUCUCUUCAUUUUGAUAUUCAUGCAGCAAUUACAUUAGAUAGUUAUAAAAAGAAAAGUAUAUGAAACUUUGUAUUUCCCACUUAAAGUGGGAUGUUUUUUUAAGACCAGUCCUGUUAGAAUAUAUAGUUUUAAUAGAAUUUUCAGUAUUAUUCAUAGUAAAAAUAAAUGUUAAAACGGUGCUAUAUUAUAAAAUGAUCAAAUAUGUUUAUUUGUUUACAUAACAGUUGUUUAUCUGUUAAGAAUAGUAUAUGUAAUGUAUUAUAUCAUUUUAAAUUUAAGAAUAUAUUCUAAUAAAACUUGUUCCUUCUCUUUAAAUAAAUGAUUAAAUUAUAGUGUUCUCCCCAGGGCCUUUUAGCAUCAUGGUAAUGUGAUGCUAUCUGAAAUAAGUUUCUUAUAGGUAGUGUUAUGGAUGUGACGCUAUAAUUUCCAGAAACAAGAUGGUAUUUCAUAAUUUCCUGCUAACCAGGAUGAUAUCAGAAAUUUCUGAGGAGAACACUUUAAUAUUGAAGUGUUUUUUACAGAUUUUUACUAAGAUAACUUUUUCAUUUUAUUUGUCAUUUAUUUGUAAGAGUUAUGAAUCUUCUACAGGAAAGACUUUCUGUUACAGUUUUACAUUUUAAAUUUUUAACCUUCAUUGCCAAAUUGAAAAAAAAAAAAAGAUUAAGACAACACCUUGUGUUCACUUCAAAUCUACAACUAAUAAACAUAAUUAUACUUUUUCAAGUUUGAUUUUAUUAUUAUUUCUCUCUUUCAUUUAUUCUUUCUUUGAUUAAAAUAAUAAGGGGAGGGUUGAUAUCAUAAUAAUAGUCUAUGACUCCAGCACAUCUUUAUAUACCUGUAUUAAGUCAUGUUGUUUUCUCCGGUAUGACAUUUGGUGACUGGAUGAUUUAGCACUUUGCAACUAAGCCAUAGAGUGACCUAUAGUUCUGUUUUUGUUUUUUUUGCCAUGUUAGGUCAAUGUUUUAUAUUGUUCGUGCCAAUCUUCCUUUAUCCUUAUUGGUUGUAUCUUUUCAUACCUUAGUAUAACUCUAUUGUCAUUUAAGAAAAUAAUUAUUCAAUAUUGUUUAGACUUAAACAUAUAUAUUAAAGUCCACAGCUACCAUAACAGUUAGGAUUAUAACUAAAGCAGAAUAUGAAAGCAUGUGUCAUGAUAAUCAAUGCCAUCCAAAGGUCAUAGGUUAUUAGAAACUACCUCAUCAGCAGAAUUAAGUUUUAUUUCUAGUUCAGAUAAAUGUAUGCGGUGUUUAAAGGUCUGAUCAGCAAUUAUAUAAUCUCUCACUUUAAAGAUUUUGAUAACUGUAUUGUGUGUUAUAAACAUUAUGUGUAGUUCAUUUUAUUGUAAAUACUGUAUUCAUUAUUAUUCGUUGGAUACCAAUUUUCGUGGAUUUCGUGGUUAACGGGGAACCACGAAUUCCAAUGUCCAACAAAUUACUUAUUUUCUAUAGGAAUUUAUGCAGACUUUGGCAAAAUCACGAAAUCAAAUAUCCAUGAAAAUGCAAGUUUUCCUUGGUCCACAAAAAUUGGUACCCAUGAAAAAAAAUGAAUCCACAGUAAAUAUUCUUGUGUGUGUUAAAUUAAUAUAAACUGUUGUUCAUGUAAUUAAUUGUCAUUAACAUUACUUCAUGUAUUGUCAAACAAUAUUAUAUUUUACAAAAAGAUAUGUGCCAAAAUAUUUGAGGGAAGUAAAGCAGCAAUGAAUUAAAA